UAUGUCGUCAGUUGCAGUGGAGGAUAGCGUGAAGCUUUUAGCUUCCCUAGAUCCCCAGCUGGCUUCUAUUUCCGCCCAAGCAUGGGGCAAACUUGACUCCGUGAGUACCGCUGAAGAAAUCGUAGCUAGCUACUGUCGUAUUUGUUUGUGUUCAGGUGGGGGAGUUGUGUGCAGGGAGCAUGGUGGAGGGUGAUGAGGUGAGGGUGUGGGCAGUGAGGGUGAUGAGGGAGGUGGUGGGGCCCUCUUCGCUGACUCAGCUCCUCCAGAAGUGUGGUCAGUGGCGAGCCACACUUAUCUCUGCUCUAAAGACAUCAAAUAGUGCAGUCGUCCUGGCGGAGGUGUGUGGCUGCGUGUCCUCACUAGUCACUGCAGCUCACGCCACUGGUCUGAGAGACUUCAGCACAGUCCAUCUCCCUCCCCUCCUCUCCUCCCUCCUCCGGUUCAGGGAGGCUUCUCCCUGUCUGCAGUCUGCCGUGCUACCUGCUGUCUCCACAGUCUUCCACUGCUACCCAAUGGCCUGCAAGACCCACAGGUCUGCAGUGUUACAAUGGGGAAAGAGGGUCUGAUGAACUCUGACCUCUGUCUGAGUCGUGAGAGUGCCCGACUACUGGUUGUCACCCACCAAAACCCCGCCCACUGGACGCUCAUCCUCUCCUCCUCUCUCUCGUCCCUCUCCUCCGCCCUUCUCCAUUUCUCCCUCACACUCUCACAGACCACACCCCUCCCCGAAGAUUUGAACCUUGACCUCCCUCCAUCGGAGCCGAGUCGCUCUACCAAACUCCUGGGAAUGAUUACAUCACACUGUCGGCUGUUGUCCCAUCUCCUCUGCUCCCCACCCCCCUCUGCACUCUCACUCCCACUCGGCACACUUGUGGGUGUGGUCACAUUCGGACUGCGUAUAGGUAGCAAAAGGGUUGUCACCGUGGCAACUGAUUCCACCCUCCUACUGGCCCUUCUUCCCUUGGUUCACUCGUCACUCCUCACACUUCUCACUUCACUCAUCACAUCCUCACAUUCUCACCUUCUCCCGUUUUCCACUGCCAUUGACUCUGGCCUCCUGCGUCAGAUGAGUAACGAGGGGUGUGUGGUCUGGAGGAGGUGUGUGAGCGGUGCAGUGUGUGCCUGGGUGAGGGUGAGGGGGGAGGGUGGGAAAGGGGACUGGUUUGUGGGUUCCGUGGUUCAGUGGUUGCUCAAGUGUUGUCGCUCUGGAGAUCAAGGUCAGAUGGAGUUAGGUUUGAACAGCCUGAGUGUCGUGAUGGCCCACUGCCCCAUCUUCCUCCCUCCUCAUCUAAAACAGGAAGUAUGUGACGUGGUAUUUGAGACACUGUCACAGUCUUCGUCUUUACCUUCGAACAUGGCCCUGGGUGGAGUAAGAUUACUCCGACGGUGUUUGGAGUACCCCAGCUCUACAUCACUUCCCAGAGCAGUGAGAGUACUCCAAAAUCUUACUCGACACUCCAGCAGUGAGGUGUGUGAGGAGAGUAGACAGGGGCUGGCUCUGUGUAGCUUGCUCCUGCACCCCGUGGGCCCCCCGUGGGGGUCUCGUUCCGGGCCAAUUUCAGAGGGUAUUCCCCCCAAUCAACUAUCUGUCAAUCUGAUGGAUGUACAACCUUCUACGCUACCCACUGUUCCCCCUAGUGCUCCAGGGGUUAAUUAUACAGCAGUGAAUGGACCCCUGCAAGAACUGGGAGAGACAUUGACACAACAUGAUAGCAGGAAAAGAAGACGUGAAGGAGAGUCGAGAUGUGCAGAAGAAGAGGCCGAUGUUGUGCCUGCUAGCACUGAAGACCUUGUAGGGAGCGAGGGGCGACGGAGGAGGGAGAGAGGAGAAAAGAGGGGGAGAGAGCGGACGGUGGAAGAAAAAGCCGUCGAACUGUUUGUAGUGGUGAGGGGAGGGACGAGAAGGAAAAGAGGGAAGAAGGCAAGGAAGAAGAGGAUGCUGUGUUGGGAAGUGGUCAGGGCAAGGAGAGUAGAGAUGUGCGUAAAGAGGGUCGUGGUGGAAAUGACGGAGAGAAAAGGGCAGGAGAGUUGAGGGUAAGCUUCGAAGAAGAUAAGGCUUUUGAAGCACCAAAGGAACUAGGAGGUGGUGAAGUUUUGUCCACAGCAGAGGGCGAGAGAGGUGGGAGGAAGGAGGGAGGAGGAGACGGGUUAGGCGAUGAGGGAGGAACGGUGGCAGUGGAAGA